UUGAUAGCAUCUCCCGGAUGUUAUGCUUGUUAACGACAAUUCCUUUUUUCCCGUGUGUCACUUGUCUUGCUCACUUCAGUCGAGCUCCUUUCGCCAUCCUGCGCAAGAGUCCGUUCAGUCCGUUAGAGGUUAAACGCACAGCAUGGCGGAGUCGGAACCUACUACCGAACAGCUGGCCGCACUCGCCGCAGCCAACGAGGAGACGGACGCCACCGUCAACUACAGACCUCCGGCGCCCAAGAGCUUACAGGAGAUCCAAGAACUGGAUAAAAAUGACGAGAGCCUGCGCAAGUACAAGGAGGCGUUACUGGGCAGCACUUCUGUGAGCGCAGAUCCCGGCGCACCAAACAUCCAGGUGACUCGAAUGACUCUGGUAUGUGAUGCCGCGCCAAACAAUUUGGUGCUUGAUCUGCAGGGAGAUCUGGAGAACUUCAAGAAGAACCCGUUUGUGUUGAAGGAGGGCGUGGAGUACAAAAUGAAAGUCAACUUCAAGGUUAACAAGGAGAUCGUGUCGGGUUUGAAGUACAUUCAGCAGUCGUUCAGGAAAGGAGUUAAGGUUGACAAGUCGGACUACAUGGUGGGAAGCUACGGGCCAAGACCUGACAAGGAGUACGAGUUCCUCACCACCUUGGAGGAGGCGCCCAAAGGCUUGAUGGCCCGCGGAACGUACACUAUCAAGUCCAAGUUCACCGACGACGACAAACACGACCAUCUGUCCUGGGAGUGGAGCCUCGCCAUCAAGAAGGACUGGAAAGACUGACUCCCUUAAGACCACCUGAGAAAUAGUCGCCCUCCUCCGCUUUCUUUCCUCUCUUGCUGUCAUUCCAUUGUUUCCGAUUGAGGUCCUCUCCGUCCACCCUCGCUCUUACUUGAAUUCGGUUUUCUGGGAAAUGUUCAAUUCUGGAAAUGGAGAUGAAAACAUGCGUGAUAUUUUGGGUAGGAAUCAAUAGUUCCAAAUUUUUUUCGAUGAUUUUCUUUCUCUACCCUUCAACCUUGUUAUUUUUUUUUUUUAAAUGUAUUUUUUUUUUAUGCUCACCAUAUCUGCCUUGGGAAACUACAGGAGCAUUGCUGUAUGUAUGUGUUGAGUGUGUGGGGCCUCUGGACGGUCAUUUUGCAUCAUUGCUGGACACAGUUCUUGGACACAGCCCGACUAAAGCCUUUGAGCAGAUUUGUCGUCUUGGGAAAUUUUUGGGAAUUUAGGUCACCGCUUUUUUUUUCCCUGGUAUGCUGUGGCAAAAUGUCUGGUCCAUGUCAUGAUGCUUUUUUUUUUUUUUUUUUUUUUUUUUUUUUUUACACAACUUGUUAAUUGCCGUGUGGCCUCUGAACAUGAACCCUCAGGACAAGUAGAAAAAAUUGAAACUAUUUUUUUAGCAUGCUUAAGCAUGUUUACAGGAGGCAAAUAUGCUUCCUGCUACUAUUAUUAAUUAUUCCCAUCUCUGAUCGGCCCCUCAUAUUCUAAAUGCAUACACUCAAUUUAUGUUAAGAAAAAUCCCCCACCGAACAUUGGUAAUGGCGAGUGGACCCAUAUACAUUGAUGGAGACUUGCAGCUUCAUUCAGAUCUUUCUGGUGUUUGGUUGCGGUUUGAAUCAGUCAAUUGCUACAUGCUGCCUGAUGUAAUGAGCUCCUGUGAUGACAUUAAAAUGUUGAAUUUAAAA